AUGAAAGUAUUUGUAUCAAUCGCUGCCUUUGUGGCUGGGGUCUUGUCCCAAAGCACGUUCGAGCCCUCCGACUUCAACAUUACAGAAGCGCUCCUUGAUAAUGGAGUCAACAUCUCGGCGAUUCCCGAGCUAGCUCCAUUGGUGGAACGGUCACUCAUUAGUGGAUGCUCACUAGCUUGCCGCUCAUUGAAGUUCAUCUUCGGUGAUGACCUAGUCGAGACCCAAACGGAGCCAACUUACAAUGCCUUCGUCAAUUCGUUUUGGUCUGCUCAGCAGCGUGAAAUUACCCCCCAGUGCAUCUUCAAACCGGAGAAGGCAUUAGACGUUUCUACAACUGUACUCAUAUCGCGCCUAACGCAAUGUCCAUUUGCAGCGAAGAGCGGGGGUCAUUCUGCAGUGCCUGGAGGAUCCAACGUGGAUGGCGGAAUCACUAUUAGCUUCGAGAAGAUGAGCAAGAUUGCAUUGUCUGCUGACAAGAAGAUUGCGUCGUUUCAGCCUGGUCACACUUGGUUCGACAUCUACACUGCUCUCGAGGCAGAAAACCUUGCUGUCGUCGGAGGCCGAGUAUCCAGUGUCGGGGUCGGUGGCUUGACUUUAGGGGGAGGUAUCUCAUACUUCUCCAGCGUUUACGGACUCGCAUGCGAUAAUGUAGAGUCGUACGAACUAGUCACGGCGUCUGGACCCAUCAUCACAGUGAGCGAAACCGAAUUCCCGGACCUCUACUGGGCACUUCGUGGUGGUGGAAACAACUUCGGCAUCGUAACACAAUUCAACGUCGCAACUAUUCCCAGGGCUCCAACCAUGUGGGGUGGUAUGCGGUCAUACCUUGCCCCUUCGUUCCCCGCUCUAAUCAAUGCAUUCUACAACCUAGGUGUAAACGCGAAAAUUGAUGGUAAGGCCCAUCAGAUCUUAUCGUUUGCCUGGGCCGGCCUACAAGUAGCCCAACUCGAACUAGAAUACGCCGACCCCAUUCCAGAUGCUCCUAUUUUGGCAGAGUACAACGCAGUACCGGGCGCAGUCGCAGAUCAAACGGCUGUGAGGAGCCUUGCACAGCUCACCACGGCUCUCGCAGGCCCCGCCAGCGGUCCUGGACUUCGACAAGCCUUCUGGACCUGGACAGUCAAGCUUGAUAAGGAGAUGGCUACACUCGCAAAAGAUAUCUUCUUCGAGGAGCUCCCAUCUAUCGUCAAUGCGACAAACCUUAUUCCCGCUGUCUCACUUCAAGUUCUUACUGAACCGCUCCUAGAGAAGACAGCAACAAAGGGAGGCAACACGCUCGGUCUCGAUGCGAAAGACGGUCCCCUUCUGCUGGCUCUCGUUGCCAUCAAGUGGUCAAACAGUGCGGACGACGACAGGAUUAACAGAUUCGCCGCAAGGGUAAAAGAUCGUGCCUUGGCUGCGGCGACGGCACAAGGCAAGGCGAGCCCUUAUCUCUACAUGAAUUACGGCAGCCCAUACCAGAACGUCGUUGCUGGUUAUGGCCCAGAAAACCAGGCAAGGCUAAAGGCUAUUUCUGAGAAGUAUGAUCCUACAAACGUGUUUGAGAGGCUUCAACCGGGCUACUUCAAGCUUGAUGGUGCCCCGUGGGGUAACGGUCCAUGAGCAAAACGCGAUUGAUCAGCAGAGAACAACUAUUCGUAUAGCCUUAAUAAUAAUUUAAUACAUUCC